AUGAAGGCGAUGGUUGUCAGCCCAGUCGGUGGACGCGUACCCCCAACACGUGGAAUUCACAGCAAUUUGGGCAUAAAUGGAACUCGUCGGGACUUAGAAGCCGAAGAAGUAGCAGCAUAUCUCACCAAAUUGAGGUCUUUGGUGCCCGACAUGCCACGCAAGAGAAAACUUUCGAAACUUGAAGUAAUCCAGAGGGUCAUUGAGUACAUCUGUGAUCUACAGACGACAUUAGAAGAGACAAAUAUUAAUAAUUCUGAAAGUUCUGUUCCAAAUACCCCACCAACUAUUAAUAAUAGCAGUGUAAUCAGUAAAUCCGCAAGCAGACAACCUCUGCAGCCUUUGCUGAACGCCGCCACAACUGUUUCGGCAAUAGCCAUCGAACGGUGA